AUGCAUCAUCAGCUGAAGCUCAACAUGAGAAGACAAACUCCCAUUCAUCUUCUCCUUGUUUGGCUCCUGCUUGCAGCUUCUCAAUACCACUACACUAUUAAUGUUCAAGCUAUUGAAACAGUUCAGUUCAAGCACAAUUCUGCACAGCCUGGCUCAGGGUCGGGGUCCGGAACCAGAUAUGUUUUACCUACUUGGGUCAGUGGAAGGAAGAUCCAUAAAACUCCAUCAGGUCCCAACCCAGUAGGGAAUCAUCGCCCACCAUCAAAGCAAUGA